GUGGUGCGACACCGUGCAGGCUUGCGCUCUGACAGGACGCGCGGGAAGCUUUCAGCCCAUUUGACAGCGUUUUGCAAUUCAGCAGUAACAGGGUUUGCUCUGAGAAAAAACACACCGGUGCAUUUCACAAGGCUUCCUGUUUUCUGUUCUGCACGCCCUGAGAUCCGUGCACGAACCGACCCAUCGCGACGCAGGCAAUACAGAGAGCAAGAAUCACCUAGUUUUGCCUUUCUUCAAGCAAACAGGAUAACAACUCUUCUGUGCAAAAGGCUGAAGUCCAACUCUUCUUUGUGUUGUCCUUUCCAUUUAUAUAUUUUUUUGACACCGUGGAUAAUUUGACCCUAUGCGCUGGGGCUGCACCGUCCAUGCUCGCUCAAAUGCUGGGAGUUUACAAGAGUUGUUCUGAAAAGGAGUUUCUGGCCAUGCUUUUUAAAAGAUUAUACAACGAUUGAACUUACUUGAAAAAGAAGGCCCUGGCAAAGGAUUUCAAAUUAGAUUACAUUUGGUCAAAGUUGAGCUAUACUUUAGAGAAACCCGCGAAGGUUUAGUCUGUCACUCGGGACUGACAGCAGGCUCGUGGCUCUGCGCCCCGCCGGGUCGGUCAUAGUUCAGGGGUCACGGUCAGCGGACCGAGGAGGAGAGAAAAGAGAACGGAGGAAGAAAAGGAUUCGGUUAACGGGGAGAAAUAAUUCCCGCUUGUUGCCCAAAUGUUUUUGGGUUUUUUUCUUGGACUGAGGUGACGCGGUCACCACGAUUUACUUUGAAAACAUUUCGUUUUUCUACUCCUCAUUUUUUUCGCACGAAGCAGUCGAGGAGUUCGCGGGACGUCGCUUUGGUCCCCUGGCGGGACUCUUUCUUAAUUAAAUCUCCAGACUGCUUUCCCACAACCAGGACUAAAAAAGGGCUCCUUUGGCCAGUGUAUUUAUUUUGAUACUAUUCUUAAAUAAGUACUUCGUCUGCUCUCCAUCCGCCGAUGCAUUUGCGUUUAUUUAUUGUUUUACUUUUUAAUAAUCAAACGUUUUAGCGGCUUCGUGUCAAUAUUUUUUUAUUUCUCCUUCUUCGUUGUUCGCGGUCCGUCGCCACAAGUCAGCGGCUCACAGGGCUGCCCGUCCGGUGGCCCCUCAGAGACUUGUAGCCUACCACAGGGGCCUCCAUCCCCCCGCCCGUUACACAAACGGGAUGGAGAUUCACUGUAAGCACGACCCGUUCGCGGCGAUGCACAGACAUGGUGGGGUGAAUCAGCUCGGGGGCGUGUUCGUAAACGGCAGGCCACUCCCAGACGUGGUAAGACAGCGAAUCGUAGAGCUUGCACACCAGGGGGUUCGGCCUUGUGACAUCUCCCGACAGCUCAGAGUCAGCCAUGGAUGUGUCAGCAAGAUACUGGGAAGGUACUACGAGACGGGCAGCAUCCGCCCCGGCGUGAUCGGGGGAUCCAAACCAAAGGUCGCUACACCCAAAGUGGUCGACAAGAUCGCAGACUACAAACGCCAAAACCCCACCAUGUUUGCCUGGGAGAUCCGAGACCGGCUGCUGGCCGAGAGAGUGUGUGACAACGACAGUGUGCCCAGCGUCAGCUCCAUUAACAGGAUCAUUCGGACUAAGGUCCAGCAGCCUCCUGGACAGCCGGGCUCAGUGUCAGCACAUACCUUAGGAACGUCUGUAGCGGCCACACAGGUCUCCGCGGUAACCAGCGACUCGGCUGGCUCCUCCUACUCCAUCAGCGGUAUUCUGGGUAUCAGCUCGGCUGCCGAUGGCGGCAAGAGGAAAAGAGAUGACGGGAUGCAGGACUCGCCGCUGGCCAAUGGGCACGGUCACAGUGGGCGGGACUUCCUCCGGAAGCAAAUGAGAGGGGAGCUGUUCUCGCCGCAGCAGAUCGAGACGUCCGACUACUCGACGAUGGCAUCACUGGCCGGUGGAUUGGAUGAGAUGAAGAACAGUUUGGCCAAUCCAGGAUCGGGGGUGGAGUUAGGGGCUAGUGUUCCAGGCCCACAGUCCUAUCCGCUGGUUCCAGGUCGUGACCUUGCCAGCACCACCCUACCAGGAUACCCGCCCCAUGUCCCACCGACUGGACAGGGCAGCUACUCCACCCCCUCCCUCACUGGCAUGGUUCCUGGAGGAGAUUUCUCGGGAAGCCCAUACACCCAUCCGCAGUAUUCCACUUACAAUGAAUCGUGGAGAUUUCCUAACCCCAGUUUGUUAGUGUUCCAGCAGGACUACAGCUCUCUGCUGGGGACGGAGAUCGGCUGCUCCUCCAGCCUCUUCUCAAGCCAGGCCAGCCAGAUGCAAGGGUCACCAUACUACUACAGUACAUCAAGGGGGGCGGGGCCUGGCGCCACGGCAACAGCCUCGGCCUAUGACCGUCAUUGACGAGUUGUAUCGAGAGGUGAGGAGGAGGCGAGAGUUUAAGAAGAGGGAGGGAUAGCACCAGCACCAUCCAAUCACAGCCAACGUCAGUGAAGUUUGGAUUUUCUUUGAUUGACUCUAAACCCAACCAAUGCCCUGCUGGGCUGCAGCACAGCGCUAGAGAAUCCUGCCCACAUCAUGUUAACAGGCCUGAUGGAAUGACCCUAACCUGCCAUAAAGAUCUUUCAUUUCAAUGAACACGCACAAACACACAAACACACACACACACACACACACACACACACACACACACACACACACACACACACACACACACACACACACACACACACACACACACACACACACACACACACACACACACAGACAAACACAAUAUCAAAGCACCAUGUUAGCUUGCAAACAGUCAUCUUCAAACUACCCGAUAUGUUUAGCAGUAGAGAAAAUUAAUGUGAUAGUGAUUGACUGAAUAAGGUGGUGUUGUUAUUGCUGUUAUUUUUUUUUUUAUAAUUCUUUCCAGUAGGAGUCAACUAUGUUCACCAGACAUACCUUGUACAUGACUCCACCAAAUCAGUCUGUAAUUUCUGUUCAGUAAAGACAAUCUAAUUGGUUAACUUUGGUAGGUCCAAAUGACAAACUAGCUCCUUCCCCGCUAGGAAAACAGGGUGUCUCCUACUUCCUGUGGGGCCCAUUUAGAACUGUUCCACAAGCCCCAGACAUUCUCAGCACACUGCCGUCAUGGAAGCAUAUAACACCAUCCAUAAUCUGAUUAUAAGAAAGAGCAUGAAUGCACCGCUGAUUAAAACACAGACUGUUCAACAAAAGCACAGGCCAGAUUCCCGCCAUGAAGCUGGAGGUGGUGUUAAUGAGGAGGGGCCUCCCUCCACCCUCUCCGCCCAAGACCCUUAGUCCCGUCCAAGAGCUAUUUAUAAUGGAGCUGUGCGACAGAGUAAUAUAUUUAGAAGCUUUCUGCACUGCACUCAUUGACCAGAGUGGAAACCUGUAUUGAUUUAUAAUCAGUAUCGCGCCGUUGUGCUAGAGUAGUGAUGAUGAGGUUCACAAAGAUGAUGAUGAUGAUCAUGAUGAUGAGGACGCGGUGAUACAUGAAGUUAAAAAAUGUUGAAAUUAAGUCUAUCUGUUUAUAAAUGUGGAGCCACUGCUGAUUUUCUGUCUGAGGUUUUGACGCCUGGUAUGAGUUCAACACAGGUACCCGCUUUCAGUGUGACGCCAUACCGAAUCACGUCCUAGAUCCCGGUUGAGAGGUUGAGGAAGAGGCGGCACCCUAGUUCUUUCUUUCUUUUUUUCUUUCUCUCUGUGUCUAUACCUCUCUCUUUAAACUCCCCAAAGAUGGGCUCGCUUUAUGGCUCACUGACUACAAAAGCACAAAGAGAAUCAAUCACUAUCAGAAGGCGCCGUUUUCACGUUCGAAAUCCAUUCAGAGCCACGUACAAAGUGUGAUUUGUGAAACACUUAUUCGUAUUCCCAUAGCUGUAAAGCAUCGCCAUGCUAACCACAGAGACUGCUUUUAUAGAAAAACAAAAAAAAAACAAGGCAAAAUGGUUUCUGUUUCCCCAUCAUUUCUGCACUGUGACUGCAUGACGGUCGAGGCCUUACCCUGUCCUCAGAUCAGCCUUUCGUUAGUCACCCAUCUGCAUCUGCCUGCUGAUCUCAGAUCUGUGACCAGGGAGGCCUUUCCUUUCUGAGCCUGUGCCUCUAGCUUACUAUCGUCCCAACACAGGAAGUGUACAGUAAUCACCAAAUAAAAUUAAAAAAAUUAAGUCAAUAGGAAUUAUUCACUUUUUUAACAAAAAGUCCCAUUUCAAAAUAUAAGUUUUAGCCUCAAUAAUUUUCUCUUUGAGAUGAAUAACGACGUGUGUGCUCGUGUGUUUGUGUGUGGUGUUGUUUAAGCCAUUGUCUGCAAGUGUUUACAACUUUUUUUGCUGUCGUUUGACAUUCGUUUGUUGGUUUCUGCGUUUGCGCGGCUCAAUGGGGCGGAUUCUUGCUACCGUGUAGUUUUAGCGGCGCGCAUUCUGGAGGCUCCGGGAUGGGAUGCCUCAGGAGACACAAUCGCUACACACACGUACUCACACAUCCACACUGCGCGGGAUGACGCUAGAUCCCUUUUCAAAGUAGCAGGGUCAGUUGAAUCCUUGACAUCUGCAGACCUUAAAAGUUGUGCGUGAACAACUCUAAAGAACAAUUCACUCUUCUAGUCUUGCCUUUAUUCUUCCUCGUUUCUCUCUCACUCUAUUUCUCUUUCUCUUUUUCUCUCUUGAUCUUUCCGAGGCAUUAUUAUAAACCUGAAACCACACCAGCUGAAAACAAGGACAGUGCCUUUAGUUUUGUAUGAGAACCCCCCCCCCCCUCCAUGUAAAACAGACAACAA